AUGGCACACGUCUUCUCCCUUUUUCCAAACGCCAAGCCAGGUUAUGUCGACGGCCGACAGACAGAGACCGGCGCCACCAGAUUUCCAGACACCCUCUUCUUCCGCGGGCCACUCAAGCCGAACCGGAUCGAGGCCGACAUCUUUGAGCUCGAGACCAGCGGCGAGAUCCCUUGCACCAUCGACGGCGUCUUUUUCCGCGUCCAGCCGGACUCGCAGUUCCGUCCGGUCUUUGAGGAUGACGUCCACUUCAGCGGCGACGGGAGGGUCAGCGCCUUUCGGUUCAAGGAUGGCCACGUCGACUGGAAGCAGCGCUACGUGCGGACCGACCGGUUCCGUGCGGAGAGGGCCGCCCGCAGGGCUUUGUUUGGAAGGUACCGCAACCCCUUUACCGACAAUGAGAUGGUCAAGGGCAUCAUCCGGACCGUUUCCAACACCAAUGUCAUAUUCUGGCGUGGAGUCCUGCUGGCCAUGAAGGAGGAUGGACCCCCGUUCGCCAUGGACCCUGUCACGCUGGAGACGAUUGGACGCUAUGAUUUCGAGGGACAAGUGGACUCGCCGACAUUCACAGCUCACCCCAAGUUUGAUCCCGUCACGGGCGAGAUGGUCGCCUUUGCGUACGCCGCGAGUGACGAUGGCCAACGUGCCAGCCGCGACAUUGUGGUCUGGACCUUUGAUGCUCAGACUGGUGAGAAGAAGCGAGAGCAUAGAUAUAAAGCUCCUUUUUGCGGCAUGAUUCACGACGCCGCAUUAACCGAGAAUUAUCUCAUAUUGCCGCUCACACCUCUCAAGGCCAGCUUGGAGAGGCUGAAGAACGGCGGCAAUCACUGGGCGUGGGACCCUGAAGAGGAUCAGCUCUAUGGCAUUGUUUCCAGGAAAGGCGACAAGGAUAUAGUAUGGCUCAGGUCCAACAAUGCCUUCCACGGCCAUGUCGCAGGAGCAUAUGAAAACGAACAUGGCCAUAUAGUUUGCGACUUGACCGUAGCCGACGGUAAUGUAUUCUACUGGUGGCCCCCUGAAGACUCUUCGCUAGGACCAAACACUCGCCAAAAGCUCACCGCAGACACGCACCGCUGGAUCUUUGACCCCAGCAACGAGUCUGACACACGCGUGAAGCCCGGAGAGCUUUAUGGUACCAAUGGAGAGUUUUCCCGAAUCGACGAAAGGUUCGUUGCAAAAAAGUACCGCCACUUCUGGCAGCUUCAAAUAGAUUCUUCACGCGCUUAUGACAUGGCCAAAUGUGGUCCGCCUGCCGGGGGUCUUUUUAAUGUCAUUGGACAUUACGAUUGGGACGAGCCCCGUAAUCAAGACGGCACUCGCUUCAAGGACGAGUACUGGGCCGGACCGACCUGUACGUUUCAAGAACCAGUCUUCGUUCCCAAGUCAGACGACGCAGCCGAGGGCGAUGGCUACGUCAUGGCGCUAGUCAAUCACCUGGACGUCCUGCGCAACGACAUUCUCAUAUUCGACGCGCUCAACCUCGCCAAAGGACCGAUCGGCGCCUGCCACCUCCCGCUGCACAUCGGGAUCGGCCUACACGGGAAUUUUGUUGAAGAGGCUGAUAUGGCGUGCUGGAGGUCGGCCCGGGAAGCCAACGGCGACAUUUGUAAUGCGCGUCAUGCGAGCGAACCGCUGCCUUGGCAACGGGAAUUAAUUGCCAAAGCUGCUAUACAGGGAGUCAUCUAG